AUGUCAUUCUCCCUCCCAUCUUCACCCAAGAUCAAGUCGAGAUUCACUUCUAGGACGACUCAGAAUGCGCAUCAACAACAUCAGCAGGUUGCACCGCCUAUCACCCCUUUACCCUCGUCACAUCCGUUAAUCGCAGAAUUGACCUCGCUCAGACAGCAAUUAGCGCAGUAUCAGAAAGCUGCUCAUCAAGCUUCGAUACAUCUUCAGGGGGUAAGAUUGGAGCUGGCUUUGAGUAAGGAGAAAGAGGAGAGAUGGAUGAGGGAGAAAGAGGUUUUGGAGAAGGAGGUAGAGGUUUUGAGAUCAAAUCCUCUUCCGCCUACUCCCUUACCUACUUCCAACGCCCUCACUGAACUUUCCCUCGCCCACCGUCGUCUGUCAUCCAAACUCGACUUAACCGAGACGGAGCUUUCCUCUACAAAGUCGGAGCUGAGCAAAACGCAAUUAGAGCUACAGCGGGUCAAACAGGAGAGAGAAGGUGAUAGGGCGAUCAUUAAUGAGCUCAGGAGGGUGGAGGAAGAUAGAGAGGAAGAAUUGGAGUGGGAGAAGGGGGAGAGAAAGAAGAUGGAGGAGAUGAAGAAACUUUGCGACCUCGCGUUGGAGGAGUAUCAAACGCUCGUACAUUCCCUCGAUCCAACGGCUGUACCUCCCUCUACACCCUCCAAAACCACUUCGUCGAUAUUCCUUGCCCCAUCUUUACAGCGCUUGUCUCUCGACGGCGAUAAUCCAACAUCUCGGUCCAAUGACCUUGAUACUCCUCCUCUGACGGCCACUUCAUCUACCCCUCUCACAUCGUCAGUUCCCGUAUCGCCCGGCGAAACGAUCUCGAAUUUACUGAUUGGUCAAAAGGGUGUUCAACAGUUAUUCCAAGAUUUUACUUCUUUCUUGAUCUCAAAGGAUAAACAUAUACUUUCACUCGAGAAUAAAUUAGAGGAGCUAGAGCAUUCAUUCAAAGUCUUGAACGAACAGCUCGAUGCUGAGUCGCAGAAGAGGGUAGAAGCUGAGAACGAACGGGAUAAAGCACUAAGAGAUGACGAGAGCGCUUCCAAGGUCGUAGAGAGAUAUAUGACUUUUACUCAGAAAACUCACCAGACCUUACAUCUUCACUUGAACAAUCUACGUAAAAGGUCCAAUGCUACUUCUUCAACGCUUCGGAAUCAAUUGGGUAAUCCGAAACAUGAACUGACAGUGGAGAAAGAGAAGAAUCAAAAGUUGAAUGAGAAAUUUGAUGAUUUGCUUGAGAGUUUUUUGAGGGAAUCCACAGGGAGAAGAAGAGAGAUUUCUCUAAGGUUGAAGUUGAUCGCUAAUCAGGAGAAGAUGCAGAGCGAAUUUGAGAAAUGGUUAAAUAAAGUCGAUAAGAUUAGGAACGAUAUUGAAGGGGUUGUGGUUGAACCUGAUAUACUGGAAGGAUUAUUAGAUGAAGUGAUUGAUAUCAUAUCUUCUUCGACUAACAAGCCAGAAAAAGGAGAAAGUGGGAACAACGAUAAAGUUAGAUCAUGGAGGGGAUUAGGUGGAUUGAUCAAUAAAUCUACAAAAACAAAGAGUACUAGUGAGAUCGAACGGAAUCACGAACAAGAGUCACUAGCUAGGAUUUUAUUGGCCGAGGAAUUGGUCACUACUCUAGUGGCUGAUCUGCAGGAUGAGACGGAAAAAAGGAUGGAACUUGAACGACAGAGAGUUGAUUGGUUAGCUAAAGAAGCGGUGGAAGGUGUUAAAGCGGAUGAAGGUGAUGAUGGACAUGUGGUGUUUGACUUGGAUGAUCCCGAACAUGAGCACAUUGACAUUGAUGAACAAAACAUCCCGCGUGAUGAUCAGACCAGAGAUCCCCAAGAACAGAAGAACGAUAUCGUAGCCGACAAGAACGAGAUACAUCGAAUCGCGGACCAACGCCCUCAAGAACUAGAUCCUGAACAGAUGAUAAGAACAGCAAUACAACCUACGCCCACUAACGCAGAACCUCCUACACCCAUCUCACCAGUCCCUGAACCUUCUCCUCUAACCACCCAGCUUGGAACAAUGUUCGAACCCAUAACAUCCCGAUAUGUUCCCUUGCAAAAGACUCUACACGACUUAACAUACUCUUUGAAUGGCUUACGAAACAGCUUACCAACCCUCGAUCAACCCGCUAGCUCCGCGACAUCACCCAAAUCCAAUAGAAAAUCACACUUCCUGCAUUUAUCGAAACUGCCCCCUCUACCCUCGUCUGGUGACCCCAUCUUAACAUCUAUUCUAGAUGGCUUACACGAAGUGAUCGAAGAUGCUCGAGUGGACGUUGAAAUCGCCUUAGCGGAUCACGAAAGGGUGUAUAGGGGGUUCGAAGCUUUAUUGAACGUAGGCAAAACGAAGAAGAACCAAUCGAAGGAAAAUAUAAUGAAUGAAAUAAAGGAGUACAUAUCUGCGAAAGACGAAGGUAAAGAUGAGGGAUAUAAGAGGUUGAAAGUCAGAAUAGAGAAUAUAGAAAGUGAUUUGACAGAGAUCAAAAGGGUUAUUCAUUCUACUCAACUUGAUGGGAUGGAUUUAACAGAUCAAGAAAACGGAGGAAAGAGGAAUGAUGUAUGGGGAACGAUCGAAUUGAAAACUAUAAAUAUACCUACCACUUCUAAUCGGUCGACUUUCUUCGGAAUCUCACCUAUAUCAUCACCUCUACCUACCCCUUCGUCGUUCGGUCCAUCCUCGCCGCUCUUUGAGGGAUUACCCAAUCCCAAUUCACCCCUCGAUGGACAUCCUCUAGCGAUUGGACGACGGACAUCCAAUAUGUUCUCGACAGUGGGCAAUGUCUCGAGAUCGUUCUCUAGCUCUGUCAUCGGUGCUCCUAGACGGGUCAGUGAUCUGGCUACGGGACUAUAUAGACCUGGCAGUAGUGGUAAUCAAAGGAAACACGAUCAGGAGGAAGAACACAGCUUGGUGGGAAAGGUGGAUGAAGAAGAUGAUGUUGAGUAG